AACCUUCCCUGCAAAACUCGAUUCCACUCUAAAGACUCUUUUGCUCUGUCAUGCAAUAGAUCUUGUUUUCUUGUUCCAACAUUUAACAUUCCAGAGGAAAUCAAAAGCCAAAAAGAGGAGUGUUCUCUUAACUAAAAUCAAAGCAAAAUCAAAGCACCCUCCAUACUCACCCCUCUUCCUUUUUAUCUUGUUUGAACUUCGAAGGCAUCUCCCCUGCUUUUAGCAUUAGAAGUGAUAUGAGCGACAGCAGUGUUGAUUACAGCUGAAUUCACGAGCUCUGCUUUUCUUUGUCUAUUCUUUCUAUUCUAUGUUAUAUACACUCGCCGUUCCUUGACCAAAGUUACACCUCGCGCGGUUAAAUCUACGCAAUCUCUGCAACUCUCCCCCGAACACUCAAAAUGCUCUCACUCUGUUUUUUUCACACAACAAGCUAAAGGCAAAGGUGGGGUGGCAUCAAACGAAGAGGAACGUUCACUCAACUAAAAUCAAAGCACCAUCCAAACUUACCACUCUUCUUUUUGAUCUUGUUUGAACUUCGAAGGCAUCUCCCCUUCUUUUAGCAUUGGAAGAUAAAUUGUCGCCCUUUUCCUUGUUUCUAGUAGAAACCUGUGGAAUGGAAUCAAUCAAAGAAGAGCAAUUACUCGGCUAAAAUCAAAGCAGAAUAUAUCCAGGACGCUUCUCUGCAUUCUGCCUCUUCCACCAUCCAAACUCAUCACUCUUUUUUUUUUUUAAUCUUGUUCGAACUUGGAAGGCAUCUCCUCAGCUUUUAGCAUUGAAAUUAAGAAUAUUGCUUGUCCCAUUCAAAUCGAACUAUGGAAAUUGCAAACCUUGCUGGAGGCGCUUUUUUGUCAGUAAUGUUCGAGUCGUUGUUCUCAAAGUUGGAUUCUUUUGCUAGUGAAUGGCUGAAUUCACCCAAGAAAGUUUGUGCCGAGAUGCAAAACUGGAAGAGUCUUUGGCCACAAAUCGGUGCUCUACUUGAAGACGCUGAAGAGAAGCAAGUAAGCGACCGCUUGGUCAAGUUAUGGCUUGCUGAUCUCAAGGAUUUGUUUUAUGAUAUGGAGGACAUACUUGAAGAGGUCGAGAUUGCUGCCAAGAGGUUUGACUUGUCUGCAGAAGUCCCAGCCAGCACCAGUAAGCGACAGAAACUGACCCUUUUCACAUUUUUUAACACGGGUGGAAGAUCUACGGUUAAAGAAGACCCAGAUAUGGCAUCCAGGGUGGAGGAGAUAACUGCUAGAUUGCGAGGUAUUGAAGCAAACAUAAGUAAACUGAACCCGGUCCGUUUAGCUGUGAGAACUGGAGAUAAGCCCCACAAAGUUACUGCAGAAAGAUUGCCCACUACUCCUUUGCUUGAACAACAUGUCUAUGGUCGAGAAAAUGAUAAAGAGGCUAUUCUUGAAAUUUUGCUCAGUGAUGAAGGCAGACAUGAGCCAUACUCUGUUAUUCCCAUUGUUGGAAUGGGAGGAAUUGGAAAGACCACUCUUGCUCGGCUCAUUUACAAUGAUGACAAAUUGAAGGGUAGGUUUGGAUUGCAAGCGUGGGUUUGUGUGUCUGAGGAUUUUGAUGUUUACAGGAUCACAAGAGCCAUCUUAGAGCAAGUAACCAGGCAAAAGUGUGAUUUAGAAGAUCCUUCUUCACUUCAAGUUAGAUUGAAGGAGCAGCUCUCUAACCGAAGGUUUUUUCUUGUACUAGAUGACAUUUGGAAUAAAAAGUAUGACUUGUGGGAGGAGUUACAGAGGCCAUUUUGGUCAGGAGCAUUUGGAAGUAAAAUAAUCAUCACAACUCGAGACGAAGAUAUUGGGAAGAUGAUGAAGGGAAAUGAUAAAGUUCACAGUUUAGCAUUGCUAGAGAAUGAUGCGUGUUUAUCAUUAUUUGCUCGUCAUGCACUGGGGCCAGAAAACUUUGAUGCACACCCAAAUCUCAAAAGAGUAGGUGAGAAAAUUGUUGAAAAGUGCAAAAGAUUGCCAUUGGCUAUAAAAACCCUUGGUGGCCUCUUGCGUCGUAAGGCACAUCCAGAGUGGAAAAACAUAUUGAACAGUGAGAUAUGGGAUCUACUGGUUGGUAAUGGUAGCAUUCUUCCUGCUUUGCAAUUGAGCUAUAAUCACCUUCCUUCCCAUUUGAAGAGAUGCUUUGCCUAUUGUUCUCUGUUUCCUAAAAAUUAUGAAUUUGAUGAAGGUGAGUUGGUUAAAUUAUGGACGGCAGAAGGAUUCUUGCAACAACAACCACAGAGAAAGGAGUGCUUCCGUGAUUUACUGUUGAGGGCUUUUUUUCAACGAUCCAGUAGAAAUGAGUCAUUGUUUGUGAUGCAUGACCUCAUGGUUGAUUUGGCCAUUUAUGUUGCUGGAGAAACAUGUUGCACCCUUGAAUUAGAUGGAAAAAUAUCGAAUGUGGGCUUCCAAAAAUCCCGUCAUUUGUCAUUAUUUCCUUGUCAUUAUGAAGUAUCCAAAAGAUUUGAAUUUCUGAAGGAAAAAAAGAAUUUACGUACAUUCCUGCCGUUAGAGAAUUCUAGGUUUUAUUACUUAUCCAACACAGUCUUGGGAGAUUUGAUGAAAAAUCUAAAAUGUUUAAGGGUGUUGUCUCUUGAGAAUUAUCAAAUAACAGAGCUCUCUGAUCAGAUUGGAGACUUGAAGCAUGUGCGAUACAUUAAUUUGUCUUGUACAAACAUUGAAAGUCUUCCUGAUUCUGUGGGUUACCUUCCUUACUUACAAACAUUGUUGUUAAGGUAUUGCCAAAGGGUUUCCAAGUUACCUACCACUAUUGGAAAUCUACUUGAUCUCCAACAUCUUGAUUUAGUUGGGACAUGGUCUUUAAAAGAGUUCCCAUCAGAAAUCAGUAAUUUGACAAGUCUUGUAACAUUGUCAAAAUUUAUUGUUGGAAAUGCUCGAGGACCAAGAGUGAAAGAUUUGAAGAACUUGUCAUGUUUUCAAGGCCAGCUUUCCAUUUUGGAUUUACAAAAUGUUUUGGAUGCUAAUGAUGCAAAGGAGGCCAAUUUGUCUGAGAUUGAGGGAUUGGAUGACUUAUCCUUGGAAUGGUGUUCUGACUUCCAUGACGGUCGAAAUCAAAGCACUGAAAUGCAGGUCCUCAGAUGGUUAAAACCUCAUCAAGGUUUGAAAAGAUUGACAAUCAAUUGUUUUGGUGGAUUGAAAUUCCCACCUUGGAUAGGUGAUCCAUUAUUUUCCAACUUAGAGUACUUGGAGCUCAACAAUUGUCAAAAAUGCACUUCAUUACCAUCACUCCAGCGAUUACCACAACUCAAAGAAUUGAUCAUUACAGGCAUACAUGCAAUACAAACUAUGAUGCUUGAUGAGGACAAUUCUUCUUCAGCUCAGGCUUUUCCAUCGUUGAAGAGUUUGAAAUUGCAAGAUUGCCCCAUAUUGGAAGGAAAUUUUCCAAAAUGCAUUCCUAGCCUUAAAAAGCUAAAGAUUGUCAGAUGCCCAGAGCUAAUAUAUUCACCCAUAAGUCUUCCAUCACUUAAAGAGUUGUGUGUCAAAAGCUGUGGUGAGGCAAGCUUGAGGAGUAUGAUUGACCUCAACUCACUCAAAACAUUGAGAAUCAGUAGAAUUUCUAAGUUGAUUUGGUUGCCCAAGAAUUUUGUUGAGUCCUUAGUAGCACUCGAGGAUAUGCAAAUUGAAGAAUGUGAUGAACUCACUUGUUUGUGGGAGGAAGGAGUCAAUCUGGUGCGACUUGAAAAAUUAAGGAUAUGGAGAUGCCCUGCUCUCAGAAUGUUUCCAAGAAACAAGUUACCCACCAUGCUUAAAAUCCUAGACAUUAGAGAAUGUGAAAAGCUAGAAUCCUUACCAGAAGGAAUAUUGAUGAAUAAUGGUGAUGUAUGUCAAGUGUCACAUCUUGAAGAAUUAAGGAUUGACCGUUGUCCUUGUGUGAAAUCUUUUCCAGCUGGCCACCUACCCAAUUCUUUUAAACGCCUUUUUGUCGGUGAUUGCAAGCAAUUGGAAUUUAUCCCCCAAAGAAUGCUGCAGAAUUAUAGGCAACUUGAAGAAAUUUAUAUCUGUGGUCAUGAUACAACUAUGGGUUAUAAUACUCCAUUGACACUUUACUGCGUCGCUUCUUCAAGGAUAGAAAACUUAGAUGGUCUGGACUUGCUCUGCCCAUUUAUCCCCAAUCUUAAAAGCUUAAUCAUAUUUGAUUGCAAGAAUCUCAAGUCCUUACCUGAGAAGCUGCGGGACCUCAACUCUCUUGAUAAAUUAGAUAUAACGAGUUGUCCAGGAAUUGAGUCCAUGCCAGACGGUGGUUUGCUUCCUAACCUAACAUAUCUUGAAAUUAGCAAUUGCCCAGGAAUUAAGUCCAUACCAGAUGGUGGUUUUCCCCCAAACCUUAGGAGACUUUUUAUAAGGACUUGCGAGAAUCUCAAGUCCUUACCUGAUAAGCUACAGGACCUUAACUCUCUCGAUGAAUUAGAAAUAAGGAAUUGUUCAGGAAUUGAGUCCAUACCAGACGGUGGUUUGCCUCCGAACCUAACAUCUCUUCAAAUUUGCAAAUGCCCAGGGAUUGAGUCCAUUCCAGACUGUGGUUUUCCUCCAAACCUUGAAAAACUGAUAAUUGAUUGCAAGAAUCUGAAGAAGCCGAUGCAGGAAUGGGGCCUCAGCAGCCUCAGUUCUCUUCAAACUUUAGAGAUUGAUUGGAUAUGUCCUCCAGAUAAUGUGCUUCCCACUUCUUUAACCAGUCUUGUGGUGCGUAAUGUUGAAAAUAUGAAAUUCAUACCUCAAGGGCUCCUCCAAAAGCUCAACUCUCUUCGCAGAUUAACAAUUUCUAGUUGUCCAAAGCUGCAGACGCUGCCAAAGGAAGCCCUGCCUGACUCCCUUCAAUUUUUAUGGAUUUCGAAAUGCAACAACUUCCGGUCCUUGCCAAAGGAAGGCCUGCCUCGCUUGCUUGAACAACUCUAUGUUGAUGCCUGCCCGUUGCUGGAACGACAAUGCAUUGAGAAGAAAGGAGACUAUUGGCCCCUCAUUGCUCGCAUCCCCUCCAUUGAUAUUUCGGAUUAUUAGCCACACAAGUUCAGAGACAAAACAAAAACUUUUAUUAUGCUUCAAAACAAGAUGACAAUCAAAUGAAUUCAAGUCUAAAUAGAAGCCCAAAGCACAAGAAGGGGAUCUUCAGUAUUUCUGAAGUUUAACAUUUAUGUUAAUGGAAAAGAAGAAGCUGGUUUUCUCGAGAUUCAAAAGUUGUCAUCCAUGCAUUUUGUGUGGACUCGUUGACUGCUCAACAUAUAAAUUAGCUGUUGAAAUGGUGGCAAUGGCAAUAGUACCUGAAAUGGUUUCUUCACUGUGCUUGCCUUAUCGCUACAACACUUUUGUAAUCCUGAAAGCUGCAAAACAAGCUCCUCCACUAAUAACAUUCCACAAUUUUACUCCUCUUCAUCAUCACAGCCAACCAUGAUAUUUGCUUCUGCUUAUGCUUUAGCCACCAUCAAUGCUGAUAAGAAGCUUAGGAGCACUGACUUGAUGGCACUUGAGUAUGCUGAUCUUAACCUUACAAAUUUUCUGGGGUAUGUUCUAUUUAUCACCAUCAUCUAGUUCCUUCUUGUUAUAGUGACAAUUUCUUAUCCCUUGCAAUUCAGCAUAGUAAAUGUUCUGUUUAUACGUUAAUAUGAAUGACAAGAAAAAAAGGCUGAUGAAGUUUUUUUUGGUACUGUUUUGUUCCUUUCUAAAGUUAUGAUUUUUCUUUUAAUAUGAUCAUUUCUUUGAUUGAAUAUAAAUGUUUUUGUUAUGGAUUUGCUGUUAUUGUUGUCACAAUUAGAAUAAAAUCUGAAUUUACAUUUUGUGGAUAGAUGCCAGCACCAGUGCCUGAUCAAAAUCAAGUCUUAAAGGGAUAUAACAUUGCCACUCUUGGUAGAAUAUUAGAAGUGGUAAUCCCUUUUUCCUUGCUUCCGUUUUAUCUGAUUCAUUUAAUAUAUAUAUAUGCAGUUUUUGUUUGUUAAUGAAUGGAGCUGUCUCGAAGUUGUGAGAUAAUCCAUUACACUCUAUUGCAUUUUAUUUACGAAAUUCUUGGUUAGCAGCACAUUUCUUAUAUGGCUUGCAGAAUGAAAUCUCGAUUCAAGAAACUAUUUGGGACUGAAAAUAUGACAGGAUGGGAUCAAGCUCUUUGGACUAGUUCUAAUUCACUCAAGAAUUCUUUUGAUUGAGUUAAUGUACAUUUUCUCAAUCUUCAUUUUCCCUCUUUCUGUUACGUUAUAUGGAUAGUUUCUUUGACACAGUCAUGCUAUUGAAUUGCCCUACAGCUGGUUCUGUGUGCUGAGUUUUGUGUAAAAGAGCAGGCUCUAAGUAUGACAUUGCAUUUUUGCAUAUGCUUCAGUUUCCAUUAAACAAUUGGUAUGCACUCAUCCUGCACCCUUGAUGCUAAUUUCAAUCAAGUGCCUGCAUCAUCAUUUCAAGAAAAGGCAUCAUAAAAGAAGGGUUGUGCAGAAGCCUUUUUUGGAUUCAAUCACAAACAGGUGGAUUCCUAGGGAAAGGUUCUUGUCCAAUAUAAUCUAACGUGCUUGAAGUGGCUCUAACAUGAGAAAGCUGUUGGAUGCAAUGUCUUGUAGACUUGGCACAUUGACACAACCUAUCCAAGCUUGCCUUGUGAUGAUGAUUGAUGAUUGGAUGGUUGCUGAACAAACCAAUUGGCAUUACGAGUUCGGGACUGAGAGAAAUCCUAGAUUUUGAACAUAACGUCAAGUGAAAAAGAUGUCGGCCUUGUCUUUCAUGUUUGACUUCAUAUCAGCUGAAACUACCUAUACCUAGAGGUGCAAUUGCUUGCUUUGCACCCUCAUCCAAUUUUGCAAAGAUUUCAUUCUCUACAUUUCUUCACCUGGAUAUGCUGGAAACUCUUAUAUCGCCCAAGUCCAAGAUUGGCAUUCAACAUACGUGAUAUUUGGAGCUAUUCUUUAUUUUUUCUAAAAAAUAAAAAAUAGGCUAUUCCCCAAUUUGACUGUUAAUUCUUGACUUUGUGCCGAUACAUUGUCAGUGGUUAAAGAAUAUAUUGAGAUCUCGAGAAAUACCAAAUUCAAUUUGCCUUAAUACCAUCUAUCUGUCUUUCUGCUGACACUUGGUUGGCAAGAAAAAUCCAUAAUUUGUUUUUUCAUGAAUAAUUCCACCAAUGUGGGAGUAAUAUCUUUUAUAUUUUUUAUUUAUUUUAAAAGUUAAAUUUUCUCAUAAUAAAGAAAGGAAUAUAUGGAUUGUCUUUAA